AUGUCACCGGAGGAUCGCCGCGCCUGGCAGUACAAUCGCGCGAGGUCUCCCAAGCCUUGGCACCAACUGGUCCUCAACCUGGCCCCUCCCACCCAUGCCUUUCCACUCCUUCAGCUCACGCCGGACCCGGCCAAUACCACUGAAGUUGUUGUCGGAGGGCGUCCUGCGAAGAGCCUGGGUAAUGGGCCAAUCUGGACUGUGAUGGAACGCCCUGCGGUCCACAUUGGAAGUGGACACCUUAUCACGUUGAAAGCGGAUGGCAGUCAGUCCGGGGUUGGCCGACUCACGGUCAUGACAGACCUUCGUCGUCACUGGAUCACAUGGAAAAUAGAAGGCGGACCUACCACUUGUAACCUGCGGGUCCCAAUCCCAUGGGCCAGAUUGUCCAGCUCCGAAAGUGAUAGACACACCCAGGAAUACCGCUUGCUCAAGAGCCUUCCCCCGCCUCACUACUCCUUUAUCAUCGACCCGGAUAUCCUCUACCCGAAUGAGAGUCCGUACGAGUUUGAGGGUGGCGAUGAUGUCUUGUUGCCCCCGGAAUCGAACAAGGAGAGUGAGGCUUGCGACACCAAGGAUUCAAGUGAACAGGGAGGUUUUUAA